UCGCCGGCGAUUUCCAAUUUCUCUAUCUAUCAGAUAAGUAAAGAUUUCUCCUUUCUUGAAAAAGGCAACCAUUUAUAUGGAUAGGAUUCAGAAAUGCCGCUUUCAAUCUCUGAUAAGAAGAAAACGAGUUGAUUCGGUGCAUGCAAGGCGACAAAGGGGCCACGAAUUGUUACCCAAACGAAUCUCUGUUUUCGACCUCAUUGCAAUUGGAGUUGGAUCAACAAUUGGCGCUGGAGUUUACAUACUAAUAGGAACAGUUGCUAGAGAAGAUACAGGGCCUGCUCUUACUGUUUCAUUUCUUAUUGCUGGUUUAGCUGCUGCUCUUUCUGCAUUUUGUUACGCAGAAUUGGCUUGUCGAUGUCCGUCUGCAGGAAGUGCGUAUCAUUAUUCAUAUAUAUGUGUAGGAGAAGGAGUUGCAUGGCUAAUUGGUUGGGCUUUAAUACUUGAAUAUACAAUUGGUGGCUCAGCCGUUGCACGUGGCAUAUCUCCAAAUUUGGCAUGGUUUUUUGGAGGACAAGAAAAUCUUCCUGCUUUUUUGGCUCGAAAGACACUUUUUGGUGUUGUGGUAGAUCCAUGUGCAGCAACUUUGGUUCUUAUAGUUACUGGCCUCCUCUGUGCAGGAAUCAAAGAGAGUUCUACUGUACAAGCAGUUGUUACAAGUAUUAAUGUGUGUGCCAUGGUUUUCAUCACGGUUGUUGGUGCAUAUCUUGGUUUCACGACAGGUUGGAAAGGAUACAAACUUCCUAGUGGGUACUCUCCUUUUGGAGUAAAUGGCAUAUUUGCAGGUUCUGCAAUAGUUUUCUUUUCCUACAUAGGUUUUGACGCAGUUACGAGCACAGCCGAGGAGGUGAAGAAUCCUCAGAGAGAUUUGCCACUUGGUAUGGGAAUUGCAUUGCUUACAUGUUGUACUCUGUAUAUGCUCGUCUCUUCGGUACUUGUCGGGUUAGUGCCAUAUUAUGCACUUGAUCCAGAUACUCCAAUCUCCUCGGCUUUUGCUAGUCUUGGGAUGGAAUGGGCAGGUUAUAUCGUUACAACCGGAGCAGUUACUGCACUUUUAUCAAGUCUGCUUGGUUCAAUUCUUCCUCAGCCGCGAGUCCUUAUGGCGAUGGCUAGAGAUGGAUUAUUACCUUCAUUCUUCUCAGACAUAAAUGAACACACUCAAGUGCCAGUAAAAGGCACAAUAGUUACUGGUAUCUUUGCCGCAGCUCUGGCUUUCUUCAUGGAUGUUUCACAAUUGGCAGGAAUGGUGAGUGUUGGUACAUUGUUAGCUUUUACCAUUGUAGCUAUCUCAGUUCUCAUACUAAGAUACAACCCACCAGAUGUAGUUCCACUUGUAUCAUCAUUCCGAGAACCAACAGAUUCGGUGACAACACAAUAUACAAAAUUUAUCGAUCAUGAGAUUUCCGAGGAUUCCAUUGAAGACACGUUUACUAAAGGGGAGACCUCACUUCAAAAUACCCUUAUUUUGAAAGGAGUGUCUGAAAGUGAUCACCUGAGACGACGCAAUAUUGCUGCCUGGAGUAUUACCUUUGUGUGCAUAGGCAUCCUUGUACUUGCAUGUGCAGCAUCAACAGAAAGAUUAUCAAGUAUUCCUCGGUUUAUAUUAUGUGGAGUUGGUAGCAUCAUUAUGCUAUGCAGUUUGAUUAUUCUCGCUUGUAUAGAUCAAGAUGAUGGAAGGCAUAAUUUUGGACAUACAGGAGGUUUCAUUUGCCCGUUUGUGCCAUAUCUGCCUGUUGCUUGCAUCCUUGUAAACACCUACUUGCUCGUAAAUCUUGGGUCUUGGACUUGGAUUAGUGUUUCGAUAUGGCUAGCAAUAGGAGCAUUGGUAUACUUAUUGUAUGGAAGAACACAUAGCUCUUUGAGGAAUGCGGUUUACAUCCCAACUGCUCAUGCUGAUGAGAUCUAUCGCAAUUCUUCAUAAUACUUCACCCAAAAUUGGUUGAAUUA